AUGAGGUGCACAAGUCAACUAAGCCUUCUGUCUUCCCCAGAUAAGAACUCGGCAGCUGUCGAUAUUGUUGCUGUCCAUGGUUUGACCUCGACUACGGCUGCCGACAGCGUGUGGUUGUCAACGUCGCUUCCUUGCGACCUGCCUCGCGCCCGAAUUCUCUCUUUCGGAUACGAUUCCUCCCUUAGGGGUCCUGAUAUCGUCAACACCUACGCCCGGCAACUGCUUCUGGACUUACAUCAAGUUCGUGCCAAGGAGAGCAAUAUUGACCGCCCUAUUGUCUUCGUUGCCCACAGUCUAGGGGGCAUCAUUGUCAAGAAAGCCCUAGUCGAUUCGGAAUCUUCCUCGGACGGACUUCUUAACAAGGUUGCUACUUCGACCCAGGGCGUUGUGUUAAUUGACAAUCCCAAUCGCAAUAGCCCGCAUCUCAUCAAAUCUAUCCUAGGCACGCCCGGCAGUUCUGACGAUUUCGUUUCAUCGAUUCAAUCUAUAACUGCUGAAUUCGAAGCCUUGAUUCAUUUCAGCCUCAAGCACAUCAGGCUUGUCUCUUUUUUUGAAGAGACACCCGACCCAAUCUCCGAAAAGAUCUGGCAGUCUCUUUCUUCGAGCAAGGCAAAAUAUCAACUCGUCCUUGGAGAGAUCAAAAGCCUUGCGUGGCCGUUCUAUGGUCAUUGUUCGACCCCGUCGCCGCCCGAGAAUUCCGGUUCACUCGCACUCGCGGAGAUCGAAGACGGUCGCAAACACAUCGCCUCAGCGGUGACUGGAACUGGACUUUGGCUUACUCAGAACUCGGCAUUCGCCGACUGGAUCCAGAGUGACAACAAAGGAGUAUUCUGGAUAGUGGGGAAGCCAGGCUCGGGAAAGUCGACACUGAUCAAACAUUUUCUGCAGCAGAGCAAUUGUCGAAGGGAAGGCAAGCCUGCUACCCUGACGGCUUCUUAUUUUUUCGAUCCCUUUGGAAACACAUUCGAACGAUCGUCUGUCAAAUUCUUCCGUGCUCUGUUGCACCAAUUUUGGAUUCAAGCAAAACGCCUCGAAUGCGAGCACGAUAUAUUGGAGUCGAGCACCUUUCAAAUAACUAGCCAGCUACGCAAAAGCCGGUGGGGCGAAUCAUCUGUCUUGAUUGACCAACUUGACCUACUCCUUUCAGAGUUAGGCCAGGCUCAUCCUCUGUUUCUGGUGGUGGAUGCCUUGGAUGAUUGCGAGGAAGCUGGAACUCUUGAAAUUCUCGGUUUCUUUCGACGUGUCCUUGACAAAAUACAAGUUAAACACCUCCGGAUCAUUGUCUCCGCGAGAUCAACAACAUUGUCGUGCAAUGAGAAAGACGUUCGAGUCUUUGCUGACCAGGAAAAUCAAGAAGAUAUAGCGACAUUCACCCGAACUCUGAUCGGUAUUCACCAACCCGAAGACGAAAACCUGCUCCUGCGCUUCAAAGACCAGAUCCUUGAAGUGAUACUGGAGAAGGCUUCUGGAAUCUUUUUGUGGGUUUCCCUCAUCCUGCCCGUUCUCCGAAACAAAACCCAACAGAACUCAGACGUACUGCAGACCCUGAGAAAUUUGCCAACCGACCUUGACAGCGUCUAUCACAUGGUUUUGGACCACAUAAACACCGACGAAUUCCAACGAGGUUUCCCAAUAUCUCAGAUCUUGUCCUGGGUACUUCUGGCUAAACGCCCUCUUUCGCUCCAGGAGGUCCAUGAGGCGCUUUGCUUCGCAGAGACCAAAAAGAGUCUCAAUGGUGCCGAUUUGUGCUCUUCUCCCGCUGAUAAUUGGCAAUCUCCCCGGAAAUCUGUACCAAGCCUUACACAUGACUUGAUUGACCACAGCUGGGGCCUUCUUCAAGUUGGCCACGACACAUAUGCGCCUAAGCCGGCGACUUGGUCCGCGACCGAGACCCUCGUGGUCCAAUUCAUACAUCACAGCGCUAAGGAAUUCCUUCUUGACUUUGAAUUGAAUGUCCCAAGUUCGAAGUACAGAUCACGAUCCGAAGCAUUGGUCGAGAGAAAUUUGGACUUUGCCCGCCUCUGUAUGGACUACUGCAUUUGGUGCAAAUCAGUUGAAGAUCAGUCGAACUGUCACAAACCGGACUUGGAGGCCCGAUACCCAUUCCUGGACUACUCAGCAACAUUUUGGUUCGAACACCUGCGGGGUGCCAAUUCGGAGGUAUCACAGGUUGAUAUAUUAUUCGUGAAACACUUCCCCGUUCUAGCAGAAGCCGAGCUGGACUCCUGGUCCUGGGCGCUGAAGUCAUUGGGGAAAGAGACUCAUUUCUAUCAUUCCUCUUCAGUCCUGCAUGUUACGUCUUAUUAUAAUAUCUCAAUCCUUCUUCGUCUCUGUAUACAAAACUUAGGCUUGAAAUCAGAAGCUGGAUACAAUGACGAAUUCGACGGGCAUUGGGAUCCACUCCCCAACAAGAUCGUUCAGCCGAGCGAAAACAUCGAUUGCGACGGCAUUCUUGAUCAACCAGACUCCAAUGGGUGGACCCCAUUAACACUUUGUGCCCAAGUUGGCAGUUUUGAAUCUGCAAAGGUCCUUCUUGCAGCCGGUGCGGACGUGAGAGUGCCUGAAAGAAUUCAUGGUUACUCUGCCUUAUUCUGGGCUGUUGCAUAUGGCCAUGAAACUAUCGUCAGGACACUCCUCGAUUACGGCGCUGACGUUAACGCUGAGCAGAUGGGUACAUCUCCUCUUCAACUAGCUGCCUCAAGAGGCCAUCGAGCCAUUGUCGAGCUCUUACUUUUGAGGGAUGCAGAUCCAAGUGCGGAUGGGAUUGUUUCAGCCAUACAGGAUCAUUCCACAUGUUCUGAUCCCUGGAAUCGUGCAAUGGUGAAAUCCUCUCGUCUCCAUCAGAGCGGAUCAGAGACAAGCUUAAAACCACUGACCCCUUUGCAUCAUGCCAUAUUGCUCUCCGACGUCACAAUGUGCAGACAACUUGUUGACCAUGGCGCCGAAGUAACGCUGCCUUGUGUGACCAUUCCUCCCCAGCAGCAGUCUUUGUGGCUCAAUAGGAUGAUGCUCGGUUUACCGUCCCUGGUCGCAAACGUGGCACCUCACUCAUGUCCUGGUUCGGGAAUUUCGGAUCACACGUAUGGAGCUGGGGAUUUGCAGCCAAACAAACGCCAAGGGGGGAAUGAUCCCAGAAAACGAAAAUUCACGCAGAGGCAGCCGACAGAUGAAGAUGGGGAGGCUGAUGAGAAUGACUGGCAGUGUCCGCCAAAUAAAAAGUCAAGAAUAUCUGAAGGCAUCCGGACGAAACCAGGCAUUCAGUACGCCUGCCCCUUUUUCAAGUACGCUCCAUCAAGAUUUGGAAGCGGCUGGCCCUGCAGCACAAAAGGUUGGCCAGACUGCCACCGACUGAAAGAACAUCUAUACAAAACACAUCAGGUUUAUUUGUGUCCUAGAUGCUAUUCAACAUUUAAGACUGGGAGAGAGUGGCACGAACAUUUGCGUGCUAGAAAUAUUUGCGAAGUAAGGGAACGCGAUUAUGCCGUCGGUUUGGAUGAAUUGCAAUGUGAAAUACUUCGCAACAGGACAACGAAGAGGAAGGAAUGCGGAGGGGACGAGGAUCAGUACUGGAGGCAGAUUUACAAAAUCUGCUUUCCUCAUGUGGAUGAUGCGCAUAUCCCUUCUCCCUACUUCGAGGGAGAGGCCUCUUCUCGAGCAUAUCACACAUUUUUACGCCAGGAGCUGAGAGGAUCCCACGCAGAGGAUCUCUUUCGACAUGAUCGCUAUAUGGCAGAUCCCUUGAAUGCCCUAGAUACUUUCUUGGCAGACAGCCACGAGCGCUUCAUGACACGGUCAGAACCUGAUUUUGCAGCCGAAUCUUCACUCGUACAACUGGGUGGCCCUGCAUCAGCCUUUCCUACCUCCCAGCCUACAGCCCUUCCACAAGAUUUUUACGGCAUCGCUUCACAUCAUCACAAUUCCAUGAGUCUCAUACCACCUCCUGAAGACUCCGGCAUAUACGCAAUGGGGACGAAUACGACAGAUCUCGUAUCCAAUGGAGUGGCGCACGAGUGCUCUGAACAAAGUCCCAACAGGGAUGAUUGCUUUCCCUCUGACGACAUCCAUCUGCAUUCAGCAGCGGAGCAUAAUUCACUCUCACCAUUGUCAUCUCAGCAAGCGAUUUUGUUUCACGAGCCGGAUGAGACAUCACCUUGGUUGCCAUUUGCAACUCACGAUACCUUCGCCCCCGCUGUGCCUUUUCAAUUUUCCCCGGCCGUGAACUCUAUCAAUUCGAUCUACACCCAAGAACGCCAGCAGCUUCAAGGAAACCCUGUAUUCGCUCAUCAACAACCAAAUUCCCGGAUGCCUCGAGGAGGAACCCGUCAAGGACCAUGCUCGGACAGAAUCAAUCGACAAACGUAG